CCCCACGCCUACGCCCACCCUCUUCUCUUCUCUUCUCUUCUCUUCUUCUCUUCUAUUCACCACACACAUCCCACGCUUAAACAACUCUCUAAUCCGAAUUCAAUCCUAAAUUUGAAUAUCGAACUAUUUCCGAGUCCACCAAAAAUCUCAAGUCAUACCUACCAGAGAUGUCUAGCAACAGAUACAAUCUGCGUAAGCGGAUCUCCAAGCCCUCUGCCGCCACGCCGCCAUGCCGUAAGGCCAGCAAGAAAUCCAAGGCUACCGCUAGCGGCGGAAUCUCCAAGACCUACAUCUACACGGUCAAGCCGAGCACGAUGGCGCGCCUCGCGGAGAUGGAGGUCACCAAGGACACCACGCUCGUCGAGGGUGUGCGCUUCCACCACCUGUCUGGCGGCUCGAAGCGCGCCCCACGCGGCGUGGUGGUCAUGAAGAUCUCCGUCCCCGCUAGCGUUGAGGGCGGCGAGUGGCCCCAGAAGAUGGAUGUUGAGGAGAUCCGCGGGGAGGAGGAGGAGGAGGUGGAGCGCCAAACGGAGGCGGAGGCGGAGGCGCAGCUGGAGAAGGAGCAGUAGGAGCAGUAGGAGCAGCAGGAGGCGGACAAGGAUGAGAAAGCGGAGGAAGAGCAGGAGGAACAGGCGAGAAACACCAGCCGCCUCAGUUGUAUCGCUAUGUAGAAAAAAAACCAG